ACCCGAACUACAUUCAUAAAUUUGGAUGCCAUUUUUUAGCGGAAGCAGGAGGAGGGUCUGUGUUUUCUCGAACUUCUCAGUCUUCUGCUACAAACUUAUCCCUCGUCUUGGACACCAAGAGACGUAGUCUCGAAGCACAGAAGUUGGAAGAAGCUCUCAGAGUCGUGUGGUCACCAUGCCGAGUCGAGCAGAGGACAUUCUGAACGGUUUCAAGCUCAACUGGAUGAACCUGCGUGAUGCAGACUCAGGAAAGAUCCUGUGGCAGGGCAGUGAAGACUUGUCUGUACCAGGAACUGAGCAUGAAGCCCGAGUACCCAAGAAGAUCCUGAAGUGCCGAGCAGUUUCGCGGGAAAUCAACUUCUCUUCCAUCGAGCAGAUGGAGAGGUUCCGGCUGGAGCAGAAGGUCCUGUUUAAGGGCAGGGUGUUAGAAGAGUGGUACUUUGAGUUUGGUUUUGUGAUUCCCAACUCCACCAACACCUGGCAGUCCAUCAUAGAGGCAGCACCAGAGAACCAGAUGAUGCCAGCUAACGUGCUCAGCGGGAACGUGGUGAUCGAGACAAACUUUUACGACAAGGACCUAUUAGUCAGCACGUCCAGAGUACGCCUCUUCUACGUCUGACCCCCGACAACCAACCAAUCAGUGUUCUCCAUCCAAGUCACAUGACCUCACCACACCCAAUCCAAUCCUGCUGUGUUUAGCUACCAGCCCUUUGCUGUUUUAGACGGAUCGUUCCAUUUCUGAGGUCAGAUCAUUCCAUUCACAGACGGGGUGGGGGUGGGUAGGAUAUAGUGCUUUUAAAAAGUGUCAGAUUUCCUUGAAGUUUUUGACCAUGGGAAUAACUUACUGUGAAAUCAGAAUUGAAUUAUUGUAAUUUUGUUGAAAGCAGCACUAGAUAUUGAUAAACCAUUUUAGCGACUUCUCCAAAAAUUUUUUUCCUCUUCCAUUGGCUGUGGUGUUGUUCCUUUCUAUCACAUUUACAAAUAAAACCUGUAGUAUUAUUGAGUGCUUGUAUUAUUAGCCAGGGAUAAAAGGGGUUCAUGGCUUAUGCAGACUAUGUACAAUGUAUAUCAAAGGACAUUUGAUAGUUUUGUUUAUAAAGUAGAAUGCUGAUACAUUGGGAAUUGUGCUAUAUGAAUGGCAAUCUGUACAGAUGUAAACAGCACAGGGAAGCUUUUCUGCAGGUAUUCUAGAAAGUAGGGAAGACCAUUUUGUGGAAUACUAUGAAGUUUGUAAUUUGUUGUACAAGAUAGGUUGCUAACCUGUACUCACCUGCAAGAAAAUGGUGACUUGCAUACUUUGUAUCAUUCCUUUAUUUUAGAUCACACAAUUCACUGGUAUGGUGAAAACACAAUCACAACACCUUACACCACUCAAGUGUCUAACAAUAAUUGGUAUAACUUCAGAUCAUUGCAUUGUGACAGUGUUCUCCAUUUUCUUGCACCACUGAUAUCAAUGUCAUAAUUUUAUGAACUAUAACUUGUUCAUAAUUUUGCCACCUGUUAGAAUUCUGUUACCAUAGUAACAUCAUUUUCAUAUUAUUCAUCAUAACUUACACGGACAUGUCAUGUGUGUACUAUGUUUUUUUUAACACAAUGAUAACAUAUAUUUCACUUAAGGAGUUGUAUCAAAAUAGCCUUUUUGCCACUGGAAAACAACAAAAUACGUACAAACAACAAAAUAAGUAUAGUGAAAAAAAUCAUCACAUAGCCUGUCCAAUUUUUUUGCCAAUUUCAUUGUAUCUUUAUCAUUGUGUAUGGUAACAUAAUCUCCAAGCAGAUCUUUCGGUGGCAAGACAGUAUCCAUUGGCCACUGGAGUGUCCAUUAGCCACCGAAGGUUCAGGGAAAUGGAUACAGGAUGGCCAAUGGAUACGGUCUUUUGCCACAACCAUAAGAUCUGCUUGGAGAUUAUGGUAACAUACAAGUUAGAGGCUACUCCUAAAAACACUGGGUGGAAAUGCCAAUCAUGUCACUUUUUCCUGUUUUACAUACUCUUACCCUACUGCACAAGUGGCUAGACACAACUGAUUUUGGUUUUGUAUGUUAUUUUAAAGGGGGGAUUGGACUGCAGUAAUGCCAGUGAUGGAGGGGGGAGGCUUAGGAGACAGAUAGGACAUAGAAAGUUUCUACGUGUUGAUACAUUCUGAAGAAAAAACAUUUACGGGGAUGUAUUGACAGGUAGUAUGCUUUGUAAAAUGUGAACCAGAAAGAAUUGUUGAGUGGAGAGUGAAACUGAAAAGAAAAAUAAUUUCUGCAAUUGUUUAGGAUUGCAUUGCAAACGUGAAGGAGCAAAUGCUACAUACUAUUGAGCAAAAAAUAAUUCACUAGACCACGCAAGAAUUAAUAGCAAUGUUUUGUACUCAACUCUUCACCAUGAUUCUUUCUGAUCCACACCUUAAUUCCCUAACUUUAUAAAAGAUAACACAUUACUUGAGAAUCAACCAUAUAAACAUAUACUUAAGCACAGUCAUGAAUUGAAAGAUACUAUCAUGAUACAUUGUACAUCUUUUUUGAUAAGAAAUGUAUACGUCAUGACAUGGCAUGCAAAAACUGAGAACGCAACCUAGUUGUCUUUCCAUUGUGAUGCCUCAAAAUCCAGACUUUAUCAAGUCUUAAAAUAGAACCAACAUUCAAUUUGGCACUGAGCACUUUGCUGGAUUUGUAUCUUUAUAUAAGCACUAGAAAUGGUAAACAUCCACUAAAAGCCAUUGAAGAAAAGGUGGUCAAGGAGUCAUGACAGACGUGUGGUGAGUAUGAAACUUUGACAGGUCAUUCAUACUGUUGAAUUGGCUGUUUUGACUUGCAAUAAGUGUUGCAUACAAUUUUAGGUUGUCAACCUUCACUAUAGUGUAUCAUUCAUUCAAUUUCUGCUAUGAGUAUGACAUGCUUAAAGACCAGCAGAGCAACAAACAAUGCUUCUCACAGUAUUUUGAAAUUCCAUAUUGUAACAAAAAGGAGUUGAUGUCAAACAUGUAUAUUGUUUAGCUUAUGAUUAAUUGUGAUGUUGAUAUGUGGGUGAUAAAUGGAUUAUUGUUGGGACCAAAAUGUCAUUAAAAAAAUUCAAGAAUAUGACAAUUUGUUUGAAAUUAUCAGUGAAUGAUUAUAAAUUGUUUAUGUUAUGUGGCAUAUAUAUUUGUGCACUUACUCACUGUUUGAAAAAUCCUGUUGUACAUAGUAUUGGCCUGACACAGUCACUGAAUGAUGUGUGUUUAGUAAAGUUGCUCAGUUUA